AAAAGAAAUUGUUGAAAAGAAGGCGAAACAGUCUAGGAGAAAGGGGAAGGGAAAGGGAAAAGAUGGAAAAUUGGUUUUGGGAACAUUUGAGAAGUACAAGAAUUUUACCCACUUUUUGGAACUUCAUAAUGGUGGUAAAGAGAAUGGGGAUCAAUCUAAGAGGAUGUACUCAAGGAAGGAGUUGGAAGAUCUGAGGUUUGCGAAGAUUGUAGAACAGAGGAAGUUGUGGAAAGAUAUAUGCACUGCUCUUGGCACGAAAAUUAUGAGGGAAUAUAAUGACCUUGCCAGCAACAAGCAUCAGAAGUGUAUUCAAUCCAACUUUGCAAGGAAGGAAGACACUUCUGCUAUUCCCAGGGAAGAAUGUUCGGAAAAUAUGGAUAGUGAAUUAGCAUGUGUUGAAGAUUUUCAGAUGGAAAAUUUAAAUGUUUUGGAUCUUUCCUUAGAUCAAAACAUCAUGGAUGAAGAUUCCCAUGUUGUUGUAGAACAAGAGUAUAGUGAGGAAGAUGACAGCGAUGAAGAUUACAAUAGUAUUUUAAAGCCCGCCUUUUUAGUAGAAGGAGAACCAGAUUUUGAUUCUGGACCUCCGGAAGAUGGCUUGGAAUAUCUUAGACGAGUCAG